UCGUGACGCCGGGCGGCGCCAAGUCAAGAUGGCGGCGGGUAAGCUGCCGGCCCGGGUGUUGGAGCUGCUGCUCUCCUACCUGGAACUACCCGACCUGCUGAGCUGCGGCUUGGUGUGCCGCCACUGGCACCGCUGCCUGGAGGCGGACGAGAACAGCGAAGUGUGGCGGAGUGUAUGCUGCCGAAUGCUGAGCGAGGAGGCGCUCGGCUCCGACAUCCUAUGCAACGUGAGCAGUUACAAGGCCAAGGCCCGGGCCCUGCGCUAUGCCUGGAGCGCCGCCGACUGCUCCCGCAACGUCUACAUCAAGCGCAACGGCUUCACGCUGCACCGCAACCCCAUCGCACAGAGUACGGACGGCGCCCGGGCCCACAUUGGCUUCAGCGAGGGCCGCCACGUCUGGGAGAUCUGGUGGGAGGGCCCCCUCGGCACAGUGGCUGUCAUCGGCGUGGCAACCAAGCGCGCCCCGCUCCAGUGUCAGGGCUACGUGGCCCUUCUAGGUGGCGACGACCAGAGCUGGGGCUGGAACCUGGUGGAUAACAACCUCUUACACGGCGGCGAUUCGGCCGGCAGCUUCCCGCAGUGCAACAACGCGCCCAAGUACCAGAUUGGGGAAAGAAUACGUGUCAUUCUUGACAUGGAAGACAAGACUUUAGCAUUUGAACGAGGCUAUGAGUUCCUCGGCGUAGCUUUCCGAGGCUUGCCCAAAGGGUGUCUUUAUCCAGCAGUGUCUGCGGUUUAUGGAAAUACUGAAGUGACUAUGGUAUAUCUGGGCAAACCACUUGACGGUUGAUGGGAACACACAGGAGUUUGUAUUUUGGAAACCAAAGGAAGCUGCAUAAAUGGCCAUGUACAGCAUUUCCCGUUUCUGGCAGUCAAAGGAGCAAUGUGCAGCCGUCCAAGGGAAUGAAGAGAACUGCUGACCAGGAGACGCCAUGUGGCUGGUUCAUCAUUGUAUAUAUGUCUUAAUAAUCUGUAUAGUGAAGUCACUGUCUGUAUUUUACCGUUAUAUGCUGUGUACACUUUACUGUCAGGAUGGGUGGGGAAAUUAGGAGCAUUUGGCCAUAUUUCCGCCAUUCUGAUAGUUAAAUUUUAAACCUGAAACCUGCUGUGUUGAGUUGCCUGUAAUGAAAUGAUGCAAAGCUCAGGAUUCAAAGUUAAUUACUGCUACAACAUGAUCUGAUAUUGGACUGAGGUGGAAUGAUAUUGGGCAUGAUUAUGUACCGUAUUUCCCGGGAAUGCAGACGCACCUGCGUCGAAGACGCACCCCCAUUUUGAGUUGCUAUAUUUUGAAAAAAGGCUGAUGGGAACAGGAUCAAGGGUUUGGCUUAGUCAGUAGAAAGGAAGAUGUGAAACUCCUUCAAGGAGGCAAUGAGGACCAGGGAGCCUCCAUCUUCACCUAUCCCAUAAUGCGCUGUGCAGUUUAGGUCUGAGGGUCGGGGACCUCCUGGCUCGGGGAGAUCACAUAACGGGGGGAGAGAGAGAGCCCGUGACAGAGCAGCCAGCCUUCCGCCCAGUAGCUUAUCCCAAAAUAUAAUUGUAAAUUAUCCCUAGUGUGUCGGAUGGUGCUAGUGUAUGGGACUCUACACUAGGUUACAGCCAGGUCGGCUCGCUUGCCCCAGGUCUGGCUGCUGUUCCCAGGUUGCCUGCAUGCCACGAGACUGGCUGUAGCGCCCCAGGUCUGGCUGUAAUGCCCAAGUCGGCUGGCAGGUCUGGCUGUGGCGCCCAGGUCGCCUGCGUGCCCCGGGACUGGCUGCAGUUCCCAGGUCGCGAAAUUAAUUGGGAAAGAAAAAAAAACGCCUGAGGGCCGGAUGAUUUCGGGUUACGGAUUCCGGAUCCGGCCCGUGGACUGUAGGUUGCCCACCCUUGUCCUAGAUGUUAGGCCUCAUUGUGCCCCCCUCCCCAUGUUUUAAAAGCGAUUUGGCCCAAGUCUAUCUUUCUUGGCUAACAAUCUAAACUUCGGCCUCCAAGACGCAGAUACAUUUUCGGGCCUUAUUUUAGGAUGAAAAAUUGCGUUUUCAUUGCUGGGAAAUACGGUAGGUAGAUUGUGGGGUGAAGUAGUACAGGCAGCAUUAUCCAGAUCACUGUCUUAAGCUGAAUAGUGACUGUAUUGUUGGAGCAAUAGGUGAGAUUCAAAAAUCAAUGUUUACAAAAUAAAAAUUAGACACUUCAACUGAUCAUGCUCCCGGUCCCCUUGUCCAAGAGCACUUUUGGUUAACUAGGUUUAAAACUGUUACAUAAAGGGAACACCUUACCCAUCUCCAAUCUAAAUUCAAUCCACCAAUUAUUUAUUUUCCGUUUGCUGCCAUUUCAAGUUAACUUUAUAAAGUUAGGCCUGAAGUACAUAUCCCUCCAGUCUGGAGCAACCGUGGUUCUGCCUUAAUUGAAAUGGCAUGCAAGGGGAUUGAUUUUACGUGUCGCAAUAAUCUUACUAAACGAUUCCACCAUUUGUUUUUAAGCUGAGAUUUAUUCCUCAAGGGUAUUUGUACACGUUUGGUGAUCUGUCAACAUUUCACUUUUGUAAUAGAUUAUUUCUCGAGCCCAGUGAUACAUGCCACUUCAAAUGGGUAUUCAAGAGAUUCGAGAGACAUUUAUUGUCACAUGCACCAAUUGGUACAGUGAAAUUUGGGGUCAUUGCAACUUCAAUGCCCAUAACAUCUAGCUAGUUCCUGAUGUUGUAAGCACAAGCUACAUGACUAUUCGUGUAACCAAAAUCAUGUUUCAGCACCACACAGCUCGAACUUGGUCACUAAUGAAAAGGGGUGGAAUUUAAAUACACUGAAGUUUUGUUUUCAAUGACCCUGUCAUUUGUUUGUCUAUUCAGGGAAAUGCGCAAGUGAACUUCCCCUGCAAAAGCGCUUCUGCAAUUUCCCAGAGGCAGUAAGUAAGAACUGUCCUGGCUUAAUGCAAAAUGCAUGAACACUUGUUAUGUUUCCCAUUAAUUGCUGAACUACAAAGGCACUCUUGAAAUGGGGUGUGGGGCAUGCAAGCAUCUGUGCCAGUGGAGUCCAUGGACUCUUUUGCUCAAGUCUUUAUUAAUGAAUUUCUCAGGAGAUGAGAACAAACAUAGUAAGUUUGGCCUAGGUUUGAUUAAAUAAGCAGGCCUGCAUUUUAAUCUGAAUUUCCAAGCAACAAUGGGUGGGUAUUUAUUUAAGAAAAACACUUGUUGAAUGUGAAGGGAUGGGUUUACUGCACAUGUCUGUCUGGUACAAGGCAAACCAUGAUACUGUAUUGCUGCUAUAGCAUUUUGCAUUUUACUUCAGUUAUUUUGUCAAUUGUGUGUGUUUGUAUGAAUAAUUUACACAACAGUUUAACGUGGAGUUAAACUUGAUACUUUGCAACCUUUUCGUUGUACAAUUUAAUUUCUGUGAAACGUUUUAAAUUACGUGUGGUUAUGAAUGGAAAUUAACUUUUACCAUGCGAAGGAAUUGAGGAAAAGAAAAGCAUGUGACCUACCAUUAAUGCAGAGUAGCUGAUUUUUAUCAAAUGGCAUCUGCACCGAACCUUCCCCUGUGGGUCUGAAGGCACAAGAAGGAGAAUCUGCAGUUUGAACCGUAAGUGUACAUUAUUUAAUUACUUUAUUGUCAAACACCACGGAGUCCAUACCUGAAUCUUCCGUUCCAUCCUCCACUACUUAAGUGUUGAAACUGUUAGCACUUUGAUUUGUUUACUUAAAGGAAUUAUAUGAAGGGAACUUUGGGUAAAUACAAGUAGAAACUCUAUUUUGCAAUUAUGCUGACAUCAAUGGUAAAACCAUUUUUUUUGCUUUGGCUAAUUCAGAGCAGAUGCUUGGUACAGUUGUGUUUCUGUAUUUAACCAAACUAUGCCCUUAUAAUUCAAAGACUUGUGUGGUCUUCAAUUAGGUCUCCCCCUUGCAUCGGCAAAUGAAUGGGAUGUUACACACUCUUCAAAUUAUAUCAUUGGAGAUUUGCCUUGAGGUGCUGUUAAGCAGCUAAUCUAGAGUUGCCGUGCUUUGUUUGGGGCUGCAUUUUAACUGAAUGCAUUUGUACUUAAUUUUAUCUGUAAAUAAAUCUGUACAAGUAGUUUUCAAUA